AUGCCGUGUUUGCUGUUAACAGAUAGGAGGAGAUAUAAUGGUUAUGAUUUAUUGGCCACACAAGAUGGUGUCGAUGUUAAUGAGUUACUGGAUGAUCAGUCAAUCAUGUCGCCACAGAUGACGGACGGCUCAAGACAGGAGGAGAGUUCGCGGAGGUGUAGAUGUAAAAAACAUUGUAAAUAUUGUGAUAUUAUAAUAUGUGUUCUUGUGUUAUUUGUCAUGUCGGCUGUCAGUCUGUCUUUAGGUUGGUACAGUUGGUUCGGACUAGAGACUCAACCUGUCAUCGAUAAGUCCAUUGAUGCUUUCAGCAUUCCAAAUCAUGAGGCCUACAAACGAUAUGGAGCAUUGCAAAUGGCUGAAAGUCAGACAAGACAUAGACUCAAACGUGAUACUUCUCAUAAUGAUGACCUAAAUAAAAUGACCAUGCAUAAUGAAGAUGAAUCUCGAAAGAAACGAUCUAUAAAUAAAAGAUGUGCUCUGCGCGUACAGACUGUACCAAGAUGGAAAAUGCAUCUUGUUUAUCUAGCGAAAGGCAGUGAUAGAAAUAUGUUUACUAAAGAAAGACUUGAACUGGUACAUAAGGUUGAAAAGCAAAUCAUGAACCAUCCUCAAUAUGGACAGUUUUGUUUUAAAGAUCUUCACAUGGCCAUUAUAGAUCCAGCUAUUAAAGAAAACAAGGGUUGUGCCCCUUUGAAUUCGUUAAUGACUUAUUUUUUUCCAACACAAGACAGUAAUGGCCAGAUCCAUUAUGAUGGUUUGGGAUCCCAUAUUGAUGAUGUGGAUAGUGCAUUAAAGUUUGCUAUGAAUCAUGACGAAUUUUAUUACUUUGUGGAUGAGAAAAUAAACAGGACCUAUCCUAAAAGUAGAUUGAUACGAACUGAAGUUUUGUUUGGUUUUCCUUUACCAGAUUAUGAAUGUGGUGAAUCUCAUGAACAGAAAGAAAAAUUCAAAAAUUUUGAGAUCACUUAUAUUGAUAUACUGUCAAAGGCUUCAAAUGAUAAAGUGCAAGUUUUGUACGGUGGUAAUGAACUGUUUGAUUAUGAAAUAGACUCAACAUUUUGGGGUGACAUCACAAUGGCAGCUUAUUCUCUAGGGUCUAUAUUCAUAAUAAUGUUUAUUUUGACCUCCUUCUCACCCUGGCUGACUGUCUGUGGAAUCUGGAGUAUCCUACUAAGUUUUCCUGUUGCCUUCUUUUUUUAUCGUGUUGUGUUCAAGAUUAACGCUCUAGGAAUAUUAAAUGGAGCUGCAGCCUUCGUUAUUAUUGGCAUAGGUGUAGAUGACGUGUUUGUAUUUAUAAAUAUUUAUCACCAAUCAAAUCAUCGCUCUGAAUUAACCUCUCGUAUAUUUUAUACUCUUCGUACUGCCGGUGUCGCUACUUUUUUUACUUCAUUUACUACUGCAGCAGCCUUUGCCGCUAAUAUAGCCUCUUCGAUUCCUGCCGUCUAUGAGUUUGGGUUAUUCAUGUCUUUAAUUGUAUGUUCGUGUUGGAUAACUGUGUUUAUUGUUAUGCCACCUACUCUGUAUUUGUGGCAGAGACUCUUCUCUAGAUGCGAACUCCGAUGUUACAGAGGAUGUAAAGGGAAAACAACAGACUGUGAAAGUGAUGGCAGUACCAGUACCCAUAGCUCUAGUAUCUCAGCCUCUGGUAGUAUAGAUGUACCUAUGUUACAAAUAGAUGAUGACCCUACAGCCACAUUUAAUACUGAAACUGGUAAUGAUGAACCUAUGAUAGUACUUGAUCCAGUGUUCGAAACACCACAACACACACCAAAUACAUCCACGAUGCCAGGCUUUAACAUAGGGAAAUACAUCCUCAAGUUCCUGUCAAACUAUAUAGCUCCAGUUAUAACUCACAUCAAGGGAAAGUGGAUCAUUAUUGGUGUUCAUUUGUGUAUACUUAUGACAUCAAUUGGGUUGUUAUCGCAACUCCAACCGGCCUCUCAUCCACCACAACUGUUUCAUCCAGAUACCAAUCUUCAACAACUGUUAGAUCUGAAGGCUAAUUUUAGUAUCUUAGAUAAUCUGCGGUGUGAUCGAUGUUCUGGUCUUUAUAUGGGUAAGUACUGUCAGUUAGUAACAGUAGGGGAUGUUCUGGUCUUUAUAGGAACUGUCAGUAACAGUAGGGAAUGUUCUGGUCUUUAUAUGGUAAGAACUGUUAGUAACAGUAGGGGAUGUUCUGGUCUUUAUAUGAGCCGAUAUCCCUCCUCCAAACCUAAAGUUAGUCAGCCCAAGCAUAAUGCCCUCCUACCUCCGAUAUUUAAUCAUGCCACAUUGCCACAGAAACCACAGACUUUACCACAAACUACCACACUAUCUACCACAGAGGAAAACACAGCUGUACCACAUACCACUGCAAGCCCUACCACAGAACCUACCACCACUCUUAAAACAACCACUCAGAAAGUCACGUUACAUCAUGAAAUGAGACACCACCCAACACCACGACCAGUAUACCCUAACCGUCCAAAAUGGAAGCCUGCAGAAAGAGAUACUGCCAAGCCUGUGAAAGAAGGAUUUAAUGCCUGUAAAAAUAAUAGUUGUAACAAUGUUAAAGAUAGACCCAGAAUUCAGUCUGGUACCACAGUGUAUGUUGUAUUUGGUAUUAAAGAAUUGAUGUUGCCUAAAGUCAGAACUGGACAUGUCAUUAAUGAAGAUAAGGGUACUGUAAUGUAUAAUGAUGAACUACCAGAAGCUUUUAGUAUGAAUAAUCUACAAUCAGACAAAACAAAGAAAAUCCUAUCAGAUUUAUGUACAAUCUGUCACCGGAUAGCUCAAAAUCAUCACCUGGUUCAAAAUGGCAGUGCUCAAUGUAUUCCUGCUCAAGUACCGUAUCAAAUGCAACGUUUUAUAGAUAUGAUACCAGAAUGUCGUAACUUACCCCAGAGUUUAGAAUCCUACCAUCAUCAACAUUUAGAUCACGCCCUUGGUGGAUUGAACGUUAAUCGUACAUUAAAAUGGAUUGCAUUCGCCUUUGAAUCGACCACAUCUAAAGGGGAUUCCUACUUCAAGGCUUACCAGAAAUAUUUAGAGUGGGAUAGAUUUAUAGAAAAGAUAAAAACUGAUAUAUUGGAUGCUGACUCACCAUUACGAGAUAUUUACCAGACGUCAGAGUUUUGGAAAAAGGUUAUGAUAGAAAUAGUAGCAGUAUACAGUGCUAUAUAUGGUUUAGUUUUAUCGUUAGUUAUCUGUAUUAUAGCCGUGGCUAUAUUCACUGGUCAUGUUGUACUGUUGUCAAUAGUGGCUUUUACUAUCAUUGCAAUGAUAUGUUGUGUGGUAGGAAUAUUUUAUAUGGCUGGUUGGGAGAUGGGAGCUAUAGAGGCUAUCUCACUGUCUAUCUUGGUCGGUUCCUCUGUGGAUUAUUGUGUUCAUCUGGUAGAAGGCUAUAUCAUAGCAGGCAAGACUGUUCUAAUGGAAGGCAGAAAAAAUAAGGAGUUACGAAAAGAAAGAACAAUCUACGCAUUACGUCAUAUUGGGGUGGCUAUAAUAAGUAGUGCCAUUACAACAAUAAUCGCUGCAAUCCCGUUAACACAAACAGUUAUUCAGCCUUUUAGUAAAUUUGGUGAUAUUUUAUUGAUUAAUACGUCUAUUUCUAUAUUGUUUACUAUUACUCUAUGUGCUCCAUUAUUAUCUACCUUUGCUCCAGCCAGAUAUAAGGCCUCUCUGAAAGCCAUGUUAAAGGCGUUCAUCGGUACAUGUAUAAGUAUAUGUGUUAUUGUGAUUAUUAUAUAUAUUAUUUCUAAAACUGCUUUUCCAGUCCCAGGUCCCAAUGGAAAUCCUAUUUUUCCGUGA